GGUCUCACUCCCAUUGGGCGUCCUUUCCAGAGGAGCCAAUCGGCACCGCAGGUCUGAAAUCCCCGCGCCGCGACGGUGACUGCCUCUACCGGGAGUAUGGGACCAUGGAGUGCGGGGCCCUCCUCCUGCUGCUCGCGGGGGCCCUAACACUGACCGAGACCCGGACAGGCUCGCACUCCCUGCGGUAUUUCACCACCGCAGUGUCCCGGCCCGGCCUGCCGGAGCCGCGCUUCAUGUCCGUGGGCUACGUGGACGACACGCAGUUCGUGCGCUUCGACAGCGACGCCGCGAGCCCGAGGGCCGAGCCGCGGGCGCCGUGGAUGCAGCAGGUGGAGCCGUGGUACUGGGACCGGCAGACCGAGCGCGCCAAGAACACCGCGCUUUCUUUCCGAGUAAACCUGCAGACCCUGCGCGGCUACUACAACCAGAGCGACACCGGGUCUCACACCCUCCAGUGGAUGUACGGCUGCGAGGUCGGGGCGGACGGGCGCCUCCUCCGCGGGUACGAGCAGUUCGCCUACGACGGCGCCGACUACAUCGCCCUGAACGAGGACCUGCGCUCCUGGACCGCGGCGGACACAGCAGCGCAGAUCUCCAAGCGCAAAUCGGAGGAAGCCAGCGAGGCGGAGCGCCACAGGUCCUACCUGGAGGGGGAGUGCGUGGAGUGGCUGCGCAGAUACCUGCAAGACGGGAAGGAGACGCUGCAGCGCGCAGACCCGCCCAAAGCCCACGUGACCCACCACCCCGCCUCUGACAAGGAGGCCACCCUGAGGUGCUGGGCCCUGGGCUUCUACCCCGCGGAGAUCUCACUGACCUGGCAGCGGGAUGGGGAGGACCAGACCCAGGACACGGAGCUCGUGGAGACCAGGCCUGGGGGCGACGGAACCUUCCAGAAGUGGGCGGCUGUGGUGGUGCCUUCUGGGGAGGAGCAGAGAUACACGUGCCGUGUGCAGCACGAGGGGCUGCCCGAGCCCCUCACCCUGAGAUGGGAGCCUCCUGCUCAGCCCACCGCGCUCAUAGUGGGAAUUGUUGCUGGAGUUCUUGGAGUUCUUCUGAUCCUGGGAGCUGUGGUCGCUGUUGUGAUGAGGAGGAAGCUCAGCUCAGAUGGGAAAGGAGGGAAAUACGCUCCGGCUGCAGCCACGUCCCCGUGGGCCUCACCAAGUCCUGAUUUGUUCACCCCAGGUGGCCACAGGGACCAGGGCUCUGAUGAUUCUCUCCUAUCUGUGAAACCGUGAGACCAUGGCCUGUGUGGGACUGAGCGAUGCAGAUUCGUGCAGGCUCCGUCUUUGUCCUCAGAGCCCGGCUCACCUUGAGCGCAUCAGCUCCAGGCCCGCCUGCCCGUGUGGGCGUCUCCGUCCUGUCUCAGAUCCUGUGCACUGCGCUGCAGCUCCUUCCUCAUUCAUCUGAACAACGAUUUAUUUUUCCAAUUCUUGUCAUGUGGUGUGUGUGUGAGUUAAUUAAAUGAGGAGAUUCCUAAAAUUUGAGAAAGGAAAUAAAUACAAGCAGUAGGGCCUGGUGCCGUGGCUAACUUGGCUAAUCCUCCGCCUGUGGCGCUGGCAUCCCAUGUGGGCACUGGGUUCUAGUCCCGGUUGCCCCUCUUCCAGGCCAGCUCUCUGCUGUGGCCAGGGAGUGCAGUGGAGGAUGGCCCAAGUGCUUGGGCCCUGCACCCCAUGGGAGACCAGGAGGAAGCACCUGGCUCCUGGCUUCGGAUCAGCGCAGCACCAGCUGUAGCGGCCACUUUGUGGGUGAACCAAUAGAAGGCAUGAAGUAACACCUUGACAGUAGGGACUCCAUUUUGGAGAACCUGAGACUCCAUUCUGGGAAGGUGCCCCCCUCCACACACUGUUAUAUAUUAAUGUUAGGCACUCACAAAACACACCGGACACCAGAGUAAGGGAAAGGGUUUAUUGGGGGAAACCCAGCAGGCUGGAGGGAAGGGGCGGCGAAGGGAAAGAGAGAGAAAGUAUAAGAGAGAGAGAGAAGAGAGAUGAGAGGAGGAGAGAAGCCAAGAGAGACCAAGAGAGCGCAGGAGAGAAGGACCAAGAGAGCAGAGCCAAGAGAGAAGAACUAAGAGCCAAGAGAGGAACAGGCCCUUUUAAAACUUUGCCUGAGGACGGGCAGGGAAGCAGGAGCAGGGAAUCCCAUUAGGAUGGGGGUGGAGCCUGGCUCAGGUAGCUGGGCCAUGCGGCCACCUGGCUAAAACUGUGCCAGUUUCCUAACACACACCAUGAGGCUGUGGUCUGAAACUAUGAUCUAAAACAGUUGAACAAUAGCAGUCUACUACAUCACACUUGGCAGAGCAUAAACCACCCUAGCAUGAUUGCUCAAGCUUGGAAGUGGAUAGGCUGCACCUGGGUUAAUGAUAAAAAUGUAAUUUGUCUAUGUCCUACAUAUGAUUAAAGCCAAUGCCUGGAUUAAUGUCAAGAUUAUAAUUGGAAUUGUUACGAUUGUAACUGGUAUUGUCAAGAUUAUAACUGAUACUAGUUUUGCAUAGGUUUUAGGUCAGCUUGACCCCAGUAACCAUAUGUUCCCCCUGAUCCUAGCAACCAUGUAUUCCCCUCCUGAUUUUGCGGUUUUUGCCUUUAUAAACCCUGUUGCUUUGGGCUUCAGAGUCGAGAGUUCUUUAGGGCACUAGCCCACUCUCCACUGCCGGCAAUAAAGGACCAUCAAAUUUUA